CCGCAAAAUUCAAUGGAGGCGCGAGCGCCGCCUCUCGAGAGCAUCUCCGGCCACCGUAAGCAGCUCCACGCCCAUCUUCUCCGCCGCGGCUACCCCUUCCCCCCCGCGGACUGCCCCGAACCAGACCGUGCCUACCUCUCCGUUCUGCGAGCCGCUGUCGCCGCUCCAGUCCUCGCGCUCACCGCCAGCGUCUGCCUCCGCCGCGCCGGCCUGCCCGUGCCGGGACGCCGCGCGUUCCCUGCGCUGCUGCGCGCCGCCGCCCGAACGCGCUGCGCCGACUCUGUCGGGAGCGCGCAUGGACUCGCAGUACGGGUUGGGGUCGAGGACGAUGGGUUCGUCGGGACCGCGCUGGUGGGAGCAUACGCGGCGUGCCGGCGGGUGGGCGACGCCCGCAGGGUGUUCGAAGGAAUGUGGGAUCGGGAUAUUGUUGCCUGGGGCGUCAUGCUUGACAGUUAUUUUCAGAUUCAAGAUUACAAAGAAGCUUUUCGUCUACUCAAUAAGAUGAAAAGAUCAAGAGUGGUGCCUGACCAAGUCAUCAUUGCUACUUUUCUAUCAACUUGUGGUCAUACACGGAAUUUAAGAUCCGGAAAAAUCAUCCACACAUAUAUACUUGUCUCAGGUAUUUUUAUUGAUGCCCGCCUCAGUAGUGCUCUCAUAAACAUGUAUGCUACUUGUGCGGAAAUGGAGAUGGCCAAGAAGCUAUACAAUGGGAUGCAAAGGAAGGACUUGGUAUCAUCAACUGCCAUGGUCUGUGGAUAUGCCAAGAAUGGAAAAAUUGAGGCUGCCCGCUCCAUAUUCAAUGGUAUGCCAGACAAAGAUGUGGUUUCUUGGAGUGCUAUGAUAUCAGUAUAUGCUGAAAGUAACCAACCUAGUGAAGCUUUGUAUAUGUUCAAAGAUAUGCAAGAGUGUGGUGUCACUCCUGAUGAAAUUACCAUAUUGAGUGUCAUAUCUGCAUGUGCUAAUAUCGGUUCCCUUGACAAAGCCAGAUGGAUCCAUUCUUUUGUUGUGAAUCGUGGCUUUUGUAAGAUAUUGUCCAUUUGCAAUGCUCUUAUUGAUAUGUUCUCGAAAUGUGGGAGCUUGGCUCUUGCCUUGAACAUGUUCAAUGCAAUGCCUCGAAAAAAUGUUAUCACCUGGACAAGUAUGAUUGCUGCAUUUGCUACACACGGUGAUGGAAGAUCCGCCUUAAACCUUUUUGGGCGGAUGAAAAGUGAAGGGAUUGAACCCAAUGCCGUGACAUUUCUAUGUUUGUUGUCUGCUUGUUGCCAUGCUGGUUUAGUUGAUGAAGGCCGUUCCUUGUUCAAAUGUAUGAUUCAGGAAUAUAGGAUUGAACCCAAGCAUGAACAUUAUGGCUGUAUGGUGGAUCUUAUGGCAAAGUCUAAACUUCUACAAGAAGCGGUUGACCUCAUAGAGUCAAUGCACAUAAUACCUAAUGUGGCUGUUUGGGGAUCUCUGUUAUCAGCCUGCUGGAUGCAUGAUGACCUUGAGCUUGGGGCAUUUGCUGCAAAGAAAAUUUUGGAGUUGGAUCCCAAUCAUGAUGGAGCAUACGUGAUUUUAUCGAAGAUACACGCAAAAUCUGAUAACUGGAACAGUGCUCGGGAGGCGAGGGGAGUAAUGAGAGUCCAUGGGGUUUCAAAAGAAACAGGCUGCAGUUGGGUGUAGCUGAAUGGUGCUUUCCACAGUGGAAACAUCAGAAAAUUGUAGGAUCCUUCUAUAACUUGGUGGUAUAGUUCGAAAUUGAAAAUUCAUGGUUGUGCUGCUUAGGGAGAAGCUCCCCCCUUUAUGUUGGCCUGAUCAAUUCCUCAAAGGGGAUCUUCAUUUUGCAUAUAUACAUACAGACCUGAGGAAUCAUCUUACUGAGGAAAUGGGCAACAAUGAUCUCAUUCUUAUGGCUGCAUCAUUUGUAGAUAUUUGGUUUUUAAUCAAGCUGAGCAGCAAGGUAACAGGCUAAUUUGCAUUUAUCAUAAAAGAAUGCUAUGCAUCCCCCUUUUUUCCCUAAGUGAAGAUUUUUCAGGGCUUUGAGAGAUGCUAAUACAGAACAUGCCAUCUUGUUUUCCUCAUAUUAUGUAUUGAGAUGAGAUGAUGGUGUGGUUCUUAUCUUAGGUUAUAAGUUUUCUUUGUCAGACCAAAGAUAAUUUAGUAUGCACUAGAGCCUUAACUUUAA